AUGGCGACCACCACAGCAAAGCCUCAAAAGGCUUCAGGUUAUCUCUUCAUCUACAACACCCUCUUCGCCCUUGUCCGCAUCGCUCUUUUCAUUCGAACAACGUACCUAUGGACACAGCAAGGAAACGGUGCUGUCUGGGAUGAACUCAACGUCACAGCGCGAUGGACAGAGACGUUUACAGUGAUGGAAAUUCUUCACGCGGUGGCAGGUCUUGUUCGUGCGGCACCAGCUACGACAGCGUUGCAAGUCGCGGGACGCAAUACUAUUAUCUGGGCUAUUACGAGAAACUACCCCCAAGUUGGUUUUCGAGAGGAUGCGUACAGUUUUAUGCUCAUGGCUUGGAACGCAGCUGAUGCGGUACGAUAUUUGUAUUUCACGCUUCAGACAGGAACGGGAUCUGUACCAGCUUUUUUAACAUGGUUGAGAUACAACAUGUUUAUAGUGCUUUAUCCUAUUGGUAUUCUUUCGGAGAUGAAGCUUGUUUACGAGGUUAUUGUACCUUCUCAGGCACGAAACCCAAUGUAUCAGUAUUUGCUGUGGUUUGGAUUGGCUAUUUAUGUUCCUGCGUUUUAUAUCCUUUUUGGACAUAUGCUGGCUCAGAGGGCAAAGUUGAACAGGUCUAUUUCCAAGAAGCAGACUUGA